CAAAUCAAACUCUCCAACUUUAAAUCUUCUUGAUGAUCACAUUAAUGAUUUCCGGUUCGAUGGUCACGGGGUCCCGCUAAGCCACGCCCAGGAAGCGCCUGUCUCAGGAUCAGCGAUCACCGGUUGAUCAGAACCCCUCCGGACCAGAACAAUGACGUGACGUCCUCAAUAUGUUGAUUAGCGCGGAGCUACCUGGCUACAUAAGCACGAGCCGCCCUGCAGUAACCAUGCAGACUGUGUUUAGCCUCCGUUAGCCUCCGUCCGGUUCCGCAAACGCAACACAAGAACCAUGGAAGACGUCAAGCGGUCACCCGCGGACGCGAUGCAGGACUGCUGGAUGGCGGCCCUGCUGACGGCCGCCGCCUGCGCUGCGGGAGCUGUGGCGGUGCUGAUGCGGUCGAUCAGGCGCCACCGAGAGGCGAAGGAGAAGAUCCAGAAAGCCAGAGACCGGAGGACCGAGAGCCUGCAGCGGGCGGAGGAGGCGGUGCUCCGGUACAAGGAGGCGCAUCCAUCGACAGAAUUGACUCCCAUCUUGAAGCUGUCCCUGUCUGAGUUGACAAAGCAGCUACACGAUGGCUCGUUGAACCCAGAGGACGUGUUUUACGCUUACAUGGAAAAGACUCUGGCUGUACACGAAAAGGUGAACUGCUGCACAGAAAUUUUGCUGGAGAGUUUUGACCAGCUGGAAACUAUUGGCUCCAACAAGGACGGCCUCUUGUAUGGAGUUCCAGUUAGCAUUAAGGAUAAUUAUGGCUAUAAGGGUCAUUACUCUACUUGUGGGGCGCUCAUAUAUCUGGAUGAGCCUGUCCAGGAGGAUGCUGUGCUUGUUCAAGUCCUGAAGAAACAAGGAGCGAUUCCCAUUGUGAAAACCAACGUGCCCCAAGGCCUUUUAUCAUAUGACUGCAGUAACCCUAUAUUCGGGCAGACCCUGAACCCCCAUAACCUCCAGAAGACCUCUGGCGGUUCGUCCGGUGGGGAGGGGGCUCUUAUCGGGGCAGGAGGCUCCUUGUGUGGUAUGGGCAGUGAUAUCGGAGGCAGUGUGCGUAUUCCUGCUGCAUUCUGUGGGAUUUGUUCCCUUAAGCCAACAGCGGGUCGGUUAAGCUCGCAGGGUGUGCGUCCAUUUUUUCGAGGGCAAAAGUCAGUUCCGUCAACUACCGGACCCAUGGCGCGGGAUGUGGACAGUCUUGUUCUGAUUAUGCAGGCUCUUCUCUGUGACCACAUGUUUUCCUUGGACCCCACUGUUCCACCGUUCCAUUUUAAUAUGCAGAUGUACCAGAGCACAAAACCUCUGAGGAUUGGUUACCUAGAAACCGAUGGCUUCCAGCAACCGUCUCCAAGCAUGACUCGUGCUGUCAGAGAGGUCAAAGCUCUGCUAGAGCAAGCAGGACACACUUUGGUGCCUUACCAGCCUCUGAGGGUAGAACAAGCCAUGUAUGAUCUGAUUUUAAAAGGUGUAUUUGCAGAUGGGGCUACCACCAUGCUACAAAACCUGAGGGGAAGCCCUGUGGACCCGACUAUCAAAUCACAGAUUUUUCCCUACUAUCUCCCCAACUGGUUAAAGAAAACCAUUGCAGUUCUCAUCAAGCCCUGGGCUCCUCGUGUGUCAGCCUCCUUGAGAAGUCUCUGCGGAGUUGGAUCCGUUCCAAAUCUGUGGCAGCAGCAUGCGGCUGUCGAGGACUACAUUAAAGAGACAAUUGCACAUUGGAGGAGAUGCAACAUAGAUGUGCUGCUCUACCCUACCAUCGGACCAGCCUACAACUUCCUCUACUGCGGCAAAGCUUCUACCAUUCUAAGUUACACAAUGAUUUACAAUCUCCUCAACUUUCCUGCCGGAGUGGUACCUGUUACCACGGUGACAAAAGAGGACGAGGAGGCGCUCAAGAAUUAUCAGGGCUACUACCAGGACGUGUCUGACAAGAACUUCAAAGAAGCGGUGACUGGAGGCGAGGGUCUGCCCGUGGCGGUGCAGUGCAUCGCCCUGCCGUGGCAGGAUGAGCUCUGCCUGCGCUUCAUGAAGGAGGUGGAACAGCUGGUCAAACAGAGCAGAAAGUAAAGUCUGCUGAGUGUCCGGAUCCCACAGGUGGGACAAAAAAAAGAAAAAAUAGACUUGAGGGUAAAUGUGAACACGCAUGUUCACAUUACACAUGAAGGUCCCCUUUUUAAAUAUAUUGGCAUAUUGAAGUACACAGAACGUGAUAGCUUUUAACCACACAGAAAUAUGAAAGAGUCAAAACAAAACUAAUGACGAUAAACAGGAGUUUGUCAUUUUAAAAUCUUUUGUAUUUUGAAUUUUACUGCUUUACUCUAGAAGGAUGUUGGGUACGUGUCAGCUCUUCACAGGAAGGCAUCAGUGUUUUGACUCAUUUAGCAAACUUUAUAACAUUUUAUUUAACUUAUGUUGUACUUAGUUUAUUAAAGUUUUUAAAUGUAACAUAUUGCCUGCCACGGUAAUGUGAUUCUUUUUAAAAAUGUUCUUUUAUGAAAUCCAUGAUCCUAUUCGGACACAAACAUGUGAAAUAAGCCAAAUCUUUGUUUUGUUUCGCCACCAUCGGCCUCGUUUACGCAGUACAGCAUGAACAGGAGCACAUUGGAUUCAUGUCACCACUUGGCAAAGAGACACCACACGGGGAACAAAUGUUGACAAUUAAGAUUCACAAUAAGUGGGGAAAUGCUGGGUUGUCUUUUCACUUUCCACUACAGCGUUCUGUCAUGAAUGAGAAUAACACAAACUGAUUUGUCACAACGACCACUGCUGUUACUUUUUCACGCCAGGCAUUUGUUGUCACAUGUUGUAAUGUUAAAAGUGUUACUGGGGAAGACAUGAGCCACUUUUUCUUUCAUCUGCACGUCUCCAUCACUAGUUUCGGUACAUUUUUGUUGUUUGUUUUGGAUAUUCAGGCUUUUUAAACCUGUAAGAAAACACUGUUCAGUUGCAUUAAAUAUGUAAUGAACUAA